UCUACAUUCCCAUUAUGUCUGUGUUUAAAUUGGCUCCAAAGGCCUCCCAGAACCGUAAGAAAUCGGUAAAUAUAAAACAUUACGUAUAAUGUCUCCUACAGUUUUAAACCAAUAAAUUUUGUUUUUUUUAAUUGUCCCACUUUAAUCAUUUUUAAUCUUUUUUUAAAUUUUUUGAGACGCAACAACAUAAGCUAGUGUCGGUAGCUCUACAAUCAUAACAACUUGUGCAAGUGAAAUUGAUUCUGCUUAGUAAGUGCGAGCGAAACGACAAUAGAAUGUCUGGAUUAACACUUAAAUGGUUCAAGGGGUUUUAUUUUCCCUUUAAUAAUACAAAGCGAUUAAUUUUUUUUCUAACUGAAUUUUAAAUUAGGCGUUGUUUUUUUCUUUUGUUAAGAUUCUGAAUUCUAAAAUAAUCUAAUCUAAUCUUGAUAUAAACUAAUACUAGCAUACUCGGCUGCGAUUAUUAAGGCAUCUUUCAUACAUUGCAAAAAAUCAUGUUGCACAACCUUUCUCUUCAAAAAACGAACACGCUCUGACCAAAAUCCGAACGUUUAGACAGCCGACGAGACUACCUUAUGUUAUUGUAUCAUGAUCUGGAUGACAGGUUUAAAAUUAGAUCUGUUAUUGGAUGUGAUUUUCAAUCAUACUGUGCAGGUAUCGUUUUUUAUGCAAGUGGCAGAAGGCUGUUCAUUUCUUUUUUCCGCAUCAGGAGUUUCAAAAAGCAAAGUAAUCGUAAAAGUGAAUGGUUUUCAUAAAAAAAUGUCUUAAACGAAAUGUGUGGAGGCUGGCAUCCGUGUUUUUUUGGGUGGCAUACACAUGAAUGUCGAAUAACUGGUUAUCGAGUUAAGGGCGACAUUUUUUUUGUAUUUUACAAGGGCUUACCAUACGUAGGCCUAUUGGUCGGAUAUAUUCUGAUAUAACCAUGUUUUAGACUAAAUAAAAACGUGCAAAACAUGGCUGAGGCACAAUAAAUAUUCUUUUCCUUCCGUAUCAAAAAAAAAACGCCUGGUUGUUUACCAGAAAUCUAUUUAAAUUAAGAUUUAGUUUAAAAUAAAUUAAGCCGUAGUGUGCUUUUGUAUUUAUGCUUGCAACGCAGUCGUGUGCGAAAUCCGUGAACGUUGUCGAAAUCUCCAGCGACAAUGUAGCGCGUGAACUCUGCCAUCUGUGCUGAUUUUGAAUGAUUAUUUUCAGCGUUUGAAAAGCUACGCUACUCUCGUAGUAUUUGGUUUGGCUAUUGCAAUCGCUCUGUUUUUGACGAGAGCCGUAGCAGAGCCAUAGCAGAAUAACGAGAAAGUUUGUGCUCUGCUCUGCUCGCAGUUUUGUCGCUUGAGAAACUGUAGCAUAGCGGUAGCAGAAAAUCAAGUCCUGUGCUCUGUGUAGCAGUAACGGUAGCAAAAAAUUGAUAGCGAGAUGAGAGCAGAGCACUUGCUAUUUUUUCAUGUGCUACGGCUCUCGCUUGUGUUACUUUUUUUAUUUUCUGCACCUUUCUUAUGCAGCGUGUUCUUUUUACUUGUCGCUUUGUAGUUUUAAGAAAAUAUUUUUGGCACUUUUGAGUUUUGAUUAACUGCGUAAACAUGACACCGGCAUGUAUGGCGGUCUUCAAGUGGAUCCCGGUGCUAUUCAUCACUGCGGUGAUAGCCUGGUCCUACUAUGCCUACGUGGUGGAGCUGUGCAUCCGCAACUCGCAAAACCGCAUCGGUAUGAUAUUCAUGCUGCUGUUCUAUCACAUUUUCCUCACCCUGUUUAUGUGGUCCUACUGGCGUACCAUUAUGACGUCCGUGGGCCGAAUGCCUGAUCAGUGGCGGAUACCGGACGAGGAAGUGACUCGACUUUUCCGGGCCGACAGCCCAGACACCCAGAAACGCAUACUUAACAACUUUGCGCGCGAUCUGCCAGUCACAAAUCGCACAAUGAAAUUAUCUGUGCGGUUCUGCGAGAAGUGCAAGAUCAUCAAGCCAGACCGGGCGCACCACUGCAGCGUGUGCAGCUGCUGCGUGCUGAAGAUGGACCACCACUGCCCCUGGGUGAACAACUGCGUUAACUUCUACAACUACAAGUACUUUGUCCUGUUCUUGGGCUAUGCGCUCGUCUACUGCCUGUACGUGGCCUUCACAGCGCUGCACGAUUUUGUCGAUUUCUGGAAGGGACAGCUAAAUGCCACCGGAAUGGGACGAUUCCACAUCUUGUUCCUGUUCUUCAUUGCCUUAAUGUUUGCCAUUAGUUUGGUGAGUUUGUUUGGCUACCACAUCUACCUGGUGCUGGUGAAUCGCACGACUCUGGAGUCGUUUCGGGCUCCCAUCUUCCGCGUUGGCGGACCAGAUAAGAAUGGCUAUAACUUGGGCCGAUACGCCAAUUUCUGCGAGGUAUUUGGUGACGACUGGCAGUACUGGUUCCUGCCCGUCUUCUCCAGUCGCGGUGAUGGCUACAGCUAUCCGACCUCCAGCGACCAGAGUCGAGUGUCCACCACCUCACCCGUCCAGCGGUACGAUGCCAUGGGGGAUACGGGCACCAGCAGGUUAGAUGGCAAUCCAACAGAUAAGUUGAUUGGCGCUAGUCCCCUCGACACCACUAACCAUCAUCACAACCAAUCGCCUCAUCAAGUAAGAAGCACCAGCGCCCAGCCAAUCCAGCAGUUGCAGCAGCAACAGGCGCCACUAUCUCCAUACCUGGACGAGCUGGAAGAGCGGCUGGAGCAGGUGGCAAACGGCCAGUCAUUAAGCAGCAGCACAGGAGUAAUUUCGAUCUUUUGGACGACUUUUUAAGUGCUAACAUUGUUCCGAAUGAGUCAACAGAUGUCCAUGGAAAGAUUGAAUCGUUGAAAUUGCCGUUUAUGAAAUCUAGUGAAAAUGUUUUAAAUUUCUGGAAAGUAAGGAAAUUAAGCGAUCCAGAGCUGUAUGCCCUAAGCAAAGUAUGCUUUGCUAUCCACCAACUCAAGUAACAAUUGAGCGGGCGUUUUCGUCUUUAAAACUGGUGUUGUCGGAUAACCGAAAUCGAUUAAGUCACGAAACAUUGGAAAAUAUUCUUCUUGUCCGGCUUAACUCAACUCACUUGGAUAGUGCCAUCGACAAUUUAAGUUUAUUUGAAGACGAAGAAGAUGAGGGGUAAUUCGUGUUUCUAAAUGCAUAAGUUCUUAUUUCUUUUUACUUUUUUAUAUUUAAUUAACAUUUACUUCAUACAUUAAUUUGAAUUCUGGGGCUUUUAAUUUUUAAGUUUGAUUUAAUCUGAAUACUGUGAAUGAAU